AUGAAGCUCAAGGUUGUUUAUGGUGACAAAAUCUUUUGUGCGGACCUUGAAGUCGAUUCUACCGUUUUAGAACUCAAACAACUCCUUGCAGAAAAUGUUGCCUUGCCGGUCGAGAAUCAACAACUAGAUUUUGAUGACAUUAUUUUGUCUAAUCACACUCCAUUGAAACAUUAUAAAAUCGAUCCUGACUCUUGGAUCCUUCUCCGAGAUUUGUAUGAAAUCUUUUUCGAAACAAACACUCAAGAUGGACGUGGGAUCCGAAGGUUUAGACUAUUAGUCCAUCAGAAUAAUAAGUUGAAGGAGUUGAAGAAUAUGCUUCAUCUGAGACAUGGUUUUGUCAUUGAAGAUAAUAUGACACUAAGAGUAGAGUGCCCCUUCGGUCAUAUUUACGCUGAUAAUGACAAUAGGGAAAUUUUCGAGUAUCAAAUUUUCACUGGCAUUACCAUGCACCUAAUCAAGAUUGUUUAUGUUAAUGCAAAGGAGUAUGAUAUGCUGGUUGGAGAUGAUGAAACCGUUUUGGAAAUCAAAAAUCGAAUCUAUUCUUUGUUUGGCAAAGAAAUUCCUGUGGAGAAACAACAACUAGAGUUUAAUGAUCUAGUGAUGCAAGAUGAAAAUACAAUGCAAUGCUAUGAAAUUGAUAAUUAUGAUAAAAUCAUAGUCCGAAAGAUGUAUGGUAUUAGUGUCUUUCGUCCCUUAAACCUAUUAAGUGGACUGUCCAAUCAACGGUAUGGACUAAUUGUUCAUAAGGAUUAUACUGUUAGGGACUUGAAACUGAUGCUUCAUAGACAGUAUGGCUUUGACUUUACAAGAAUCCAACUCAUACUGCCAAAUCUUUCCGAUAAUUAUCUUAUGGAUAGUGUUAAAAUUGAGGAUUAUGGCAUUGUUGCUGGAAGUACUGUAACCAUGCAGGUGAGGAUUGCUUUCAAUGAUACAGAGUACAACGUGGUGCUUGCAGAUAAUGCAACCGUUUUGGCCCUCAAAUAUCGACUUCAUGAUAUGUUUAGCCUCCCGACAUCGGCACAAGAGCUAGAGUUUAAUGGAUUUAUUCUUGAAGAUCUUGAAACAACAUUGGAAAGUUACCAUAUUGCAAAUAAUGCUAAAAUAAUUCUUCGAGAGAUAUUUGUUAUUUCAGUGCAUGUGGUACAGCUAGUUGAAGAUGGAAAACCCGACCCCAACGAACAAUUUCCUAUACCGGUCCAUAAGGAAUAUACCAUUGGGCACUUGAAGGAGAUACUUUCUGUAAGGUAUGGCUUGGACUUUUCAAAUAUGAAAAUAGGACUCUCCAAAAUGUGGAAUACUGAUCUUGAUGAUUGUACUCAAAUUGGGGCUUACAAUCUUCGUGAUAGAAGUAGAUUAUAUGCUUUUAAAAUGUAUUAA